CAUGAGGGUGAGUACUAAAUGACAUUUUCAUUUUUGGGUGAACUAACCCUGUAAAUGCUGUACUUUUAUUUUUACUAAUGAAAUGGUGCUAUUACAAUAAUUUUUGCAAUAAUUCUAUACUUGCACUACUACUACUACUAAUAAUUUAGUCAUUGAUAUACAAGCACAAAUUUUUAGGCGAAAUUGCACAGCCCUACAAGUAAUCACAACAAACCUGGGGCCGGUUGCACCAGCUGGACGUACACCCGGUCAUAAGUCUAAGCUUAACGUAAAAUACGUUUUAAGUCCUGCGUAGAAUUAAUACCUAUUGCACCAUAUGGGCGUAGCGCACGUCUGAGACUAAAUCUUACGCCUAGUCAAAUGUAGGUGUAAAGUGAGAAGUCUUGACUUGUUUCCAUGGUGAAAAUAAAGAUAAAUAAAAAAAACGUUGAGAUGAUGGCGCAUCUGGUAUACAGGCUACAUGAUCAGUGGGCUUUCCGGUGUGAAAGAGUAAUGAGAGACCGCACCAAUCCUAGAUGCUAGAUAUAUAUGGUGACAGAGAAUUUAUUUUAAGGUUUCGUUUCAGCAGGUUGCAUAUACUUACUGAAUAACGUUAGCUCAAUAAUUUUUCUUGUUUCACAAUCCGAGUAAUUUAAUUUUCUUUUUUUCGGCUCAUCAGUCAUUUUUCAUCUAUUCAUUGGAGCCAAUAAAUUCAAAUUUGUAACCACAGUAACGCGAACGGCGUCUCAACUAACAGUGCUGUAGAACAUGCCAGCAUGUACGCGCAUAGUCUACGCUAAGCGUACCUGCGCCUAGUCGUAGUUUUAGAUGGUGCAACAGGUGUAAAUAUUUACCGGAAAGCUGGACGUAACUAAGUCCAGUGUAGAGCUUACACCCAACUUUUUUACGUCCAGCUGGUGCAACCGGCCCCUGGUGUUCUUUAUAAUUUAGUUAAUUUGUUUAAAAAAAAAAAAAAAAAAAAAAAAAAACAAGCACAUUACUUCUAUCAUUCAUGUCUUGUCAUUCAUGUCUCAACCUCAAGGUCCUGACUGAGACCUGGAUCAGACCAGAGGACCCUGCCACCUUUCUUGGAGGAGUUGGAUGUGUUACGCUCAUCCGUUCCUGAGGAUUGUUCUCUUCUAGAAGUACUUGGAGACUUGAACAACUUCAAGGCUGCUGAUUUCCACACUCUGCUUGAUUCAUUUGACCUCAAAUGAGUGUCUACUACGGCUACUCACAAAUCAGGUAACCAAGUGGACCUUAUUUACACACGCUACUGCUCCACUGAUCAUACGCUGGUUACUCCACUGAACACCUCAGAUCACGUCCUCCUCACUCUUAACCUCAACCCGGCUCCUGAAACAACGCACACUUCUCCACAGGUCACCUUUCAGUGUAACCUAUGCUCACCCUUCCUCCUAUCCUGUAUGGUAUCAUCCUCACUUCCUCCCCCUAAUCAGUUCUUAUCACUAGAUACGAACAGUGUUACUGAUGCUCUUUGCUCCACUCUAACAGCUUUAGACAACUUUUGCCCCCUUUCAUCCAGGCUAGCCCACGCCACCCCUCCGUACCAUGGAUUUUUUAUGUUCUCCGCCAGCAUCUUUCUAAACUCAGGGCGGCAGAAAAAGUGGAGCAAAUUGAAAGAUCCCACUGACCUUAAUUUGUAUAACUAUCAGUAUAACUAUCUUAGUUUGUAAGAGUUCUCAGGAACCGCACUCCAGUGGUUCAAGUCUUACCUCUCAGAAAGUAUUUCUGCCUUUUAUAAUCACUAAGCUGUCGCUCAUCUUAAUUCAUCACGAAUUAAUUCAAGUUAAUCAAGACUUAAUUCAAGUUCUGCUAAUCGAUUAAGCUGACUGUACAAUGAAUAUCUUAUUUAGCCUACAUAAUAUCUAUACUUUUUUGUUAAAAGUUAAAUUAUAACGAGAGGAUUUGAGUGUGUAAAUCUCAGCACUGGACAAAAACUUGGGUGUUUUGGUGAAUGCAGUGUUGGACAGCUGUCUUUCCUCAUUCGACUGGUGUUUGGAUUUCAUGUGAUUUCUCAUUGUGGUAGUGAUAUUAUGAUUACUCAGUUUCAUUAAUUCAUCUGAUCAAAAGUAAUUCCAUUUUGUAAGAUCUUUUUCAUCUAAGUAAUUCCAAACUUCUGGAGGCAGGCGACGACGACAUGCUAUAAAAUACAAUAAACUUGUUAAACACGCUCCACAGCGUCACCCAGUGAAAUUGAUUAUAACUGCUAGUUUAAGUGCUUGGGAUUUAUCAUGGAUUCACUACAUUUACGGCCAGCAAAGCAACAUAGUAAAAUUUGAAUAGUAUUUAUUUUUUGAAUAAUAAUUACAGAUUGAAUAUUCGUGCACACCCCUACAGUAUAUUAUACAUUAUAAUUAUUAAACAUUAUUCUUCUUCCAGGUCUCCCUGGAAGAAGAGAUUAUGAUAUCUCAAUGGGAUUUUCCUGGAUAAAUAAAGGAUAAAUAAAAUAUAACCAAUUAUUAUCCACUAUCGAUCGCCACUUACACCAAAUGUAAUAAAAUCAAUGUCAUUCUCGCAUUUCAGUGAUUGCCUAGUUAUUUUUUUGGUAUUGGCGUUUUAAUCAGGCUACUUGGCAAGGGCAAGUAAGAUUCUCUUGCGCCUACACGGAAAAAGUCUAAGACGCAAUUUUAUGCCUCCAGCUCCAAGCCGCCGCUGUCCAAACUGGCGUUACAGCAAUUUUGCAUCGGCCGGAGGCAAUUACCAAACUGGUUCCAUGUAUAUACUCCAGCACUGAAGGAUCAUGUGACACUGAUGCUGAAAAUUCAGCUUUGAUCACAGGAAUGCGUUAUAUGUUAAAACAUUCCAAUAUAUAUUUUACAUUGAAAUUUCAUAGCAUUACUGUGUUUACUGUAUUUUUAAUAAAUUCAGCCUCGGUGAGCAUAGAAGACGUUAAAAAGGGGGAGGCGGGGAAAUAUUUUUUCUACAAAAGGGGGGCCCAGCAGAAAAAGUUUGUGAACCACUGCAUUAUCCCAACAGUCUGUCAGACCUUAGAUUGAUUAGAUUAAGUGAUGUUUGAAAUUAAUUAUGCAAAUCUGAAGAUUGUGUCAAUGUAAAGCACACAUUCCUACAACAAUAAAAAGGUAAAGACAAAGUACUAAAAUGUUGCAUAUAAACUAGUUUAUAAACACUAACCACAACCAGAAGGGAGGGUGCUCACUUGAUCAUAUGGAGGAAAAGGGUGUGCGCUUGAAGCCAGCAGAGCUGUGCUUUUGCACCUCCCUUCCCCCAGCUUCUUUUCUCCUAACGAUCAGAAUAGCAUAGCAGCGCAGCACAGCACAAAAGAAGAAAGCCGCACACAGCAUCAUCGCUGUACAGGAAAAAGGUACUAAAUCUGCAAAGAAUAGGGGGUGGACGCCUUGCCUAGCAACAUGAGAAAAACUGAAGUGCCUUCAUCCACUCUGCAUCCCAUCAUGCCUUAGUCAGCGCUCGACAAGAGAGAGGCAGUUAGCGGUUUUACAAAUGGAAAUUAUGAAUGUGUGAAAACCUAAAGGCACGGCCAAUCUCUGGGCUACUAAAUCAAAAAUCAUCUGUAAAAUCUACAGGAAUACAAGCUGAAAAUUAAGAGAUGAGAAGCAAAGGAGUGGCAAACAAUAGGAGGAGGAUGAGAUUGGUAAGACGGAAGCUAUAAAAAGGUACGGGACUGCUAGAUCAAUCAAACCAAAUAUCUUCUGACGCUGGUCUACCUGACGUUGUGCUGACCUGGAUUAAAUGUGUGACCUGGAAAACCUGUUUAAAUAGUUUCCGCAUAUAGGGACCAGAUCUGUAUACAUUUAGAGGCUUGACAAAUCAUGCGAUGGAAGAACAGAUACUACAAAGUUGCCCUUUUCCUCAUUCUACUUGUGUUUGUAGGAGGCCUCAUUACUCAGGGCCAGCAGCGACCCUCUCAAAUCACCCAGGAGAUAUCUGCUACUCAGUGGUUUCAAACCAUUAAAACCUUCUCCAACUUCACCAUGACGAAUCCAAACAGGUUGAGAGAGCUAGAAGCAACCCCUACCCCUCUAACAUCAAAUGAAAAUGUAAUCUCAACUUUGGAUGCUUUGAACAUCAGUUCGAGUGAAGAGAUGAGAGCGGCAAGGACACUUAAAGUUGAGCCUUACGAGUACAUCCUUAAUGAGCCGAAUGCAUGUCUGCUGCGAGCUCCUUUCUUAGUGAUUUUGAUUGCAGUUGAGCCCAAGAGAACCGACGCCAGGGAUGCCAUCAGAAAAACGUGGGGCAACGAAAGUAUGGCAGGAGACUUGGGUUUCAUCCGUCUGUUCUUCAUGGGUGUAAAUAACGAAACCCAAAGAAAGGGCAGCAAACUACAGCACACAAUAGUGGAUGAAAGUCGACAGCAUCGUGACAUCAUCCAGCAAGAUUACAGGGAUGGAUACAACAACCUUACUCUCAAGACGCUGAUGGGGAUGUACUGGAUCACAAAGUAUUGUCCCGAGGCCACAUAUGUCAUGAAGACAGAUACUGACAUGUUUGUCAACCCUGAAUACCUCAUACAGAAAAUCCUCAAGCCAAAGGGGCAACUAACACAAAAGUAUUUCACAGGACAUCUCAUGACAGACUACUCCCCAAACCGAAACAAAGAGAGUAAAUGGUAUAUGCCCCCAGAAGUGUACCCUGGUAGUCAAUACCCCACCUUUUGUUCAGGAACUGGGUACGUCUUCUCAGGUGACAUGGCCCAGAGGAUAUAUAUGGUGUCUCUUAGCAUACCCAGGCUGCAUUUAGAAGAUGUUUAUGUAGGUAUCUGUCUAGCUAAACUGAAGAUAGAGCCAGUGCCACCGCCAAAUGAACAGCUGUUUAAUCACUGGCGAGUGUCCUACUCCAGCUGUAAGUACAGCAAUCUGAUCACUUCCCAUGGGUUUCACCCCAAUGAGCUGAUCCAGUACUGGCAACACCUGCAGAGAAACAAAUACAAUCCCUGCAAUAGCAAGACGAAAGGGUAAAUGAUUUAGUCAUGCUUUUUUGUGGUUUUUUUUUUUUUUUUUUUUUUUUUGGAAUUUUUUGACAUAACAGAUUAGAGCACAUGAGGGCUCUGGACAACUUUACCUUAUCAGUUUUUCCAUUUAUGUAAUAUUAAUGAUAGGUUAUCUUCACAAAUCUGAAUGAUUAAAUGUGUAUAAAUAUGCAGCUGCAUUUAAGAUCAAUUUUAUUUUUAUAGGAUUGUAAAUAAGCAGAAAAACAAUAAAAUUUUCUAACAAUAAAAAUAAAGGGGGUCACCUUUUUAUCUUAUCAAUCCACAAAGGCACAACAAUUGUAGCAUUUAUCACCGGACAGUAAAAUCUUGACAUUCAUGUUAUGGUCAGUACAGUAAAGAGAGACCUCUUCCAUCUCCUGAAACAGCUACCUUCAAUGAAAACUUCAAUGUUCAAACUAAACUAAAAUCUAACUUGAUAAAUGCAGGAAAAGGGACAAAGAUUUUAAAAAACCUUGGUAAAAAGUUUGGUGGCAUUUUAUAUCAAGUAAAAAAAAUAAAUAAAUAAAAAAAUAAAAUAUGGGGGAUAUUUAAAGCCCAGGACAUACAAAGUCGACAUCAAAAAACUAGCUGCGACGAAAGCUGACUGUGUUAUCGCCUCUCGUCGGCUGCAUCUCAGCCAAAGAGCUGUGCUUGAACCAAAAGGACUAAAGGCAACUGUCAACUAGCAUGUGCGUUCUGCAUCUGCAUGCAAGUAAAUAUCAGUCUAUAUCAGCAGGUAUCAAUAGUCUAUUUUUAUCAUCCAAAAAGGAAAACCGAAACUAAGACUGCAGAUAUACAAACCGCAAACAAAGCAGCGCUUGCUUACCAUUCUGAAUAUUAAUAACACUGAUCACUUUCUUCUUUCCAGUCGGCUCAUGUUAUUUAUAAAAAAAAAAAAAAAAAAAAAAAAAAAAUUUGCGCAUUCGAAUGCUCAUGUAAGAUGACAAAAUUAUAACAGCCUUCUGUCUGUACAGUCUCAACUUUUUUGCACGUUUUCAUCACUUUCGCUUUUAUUCUCGUGCAUUGACUCGUUUGCUAAGCUGAAAAGCUAAUCAGAGCUCGCUCUCAACGAUGGCCAGAUGCCGAUUCAGCAUGUUGAAUCGGCGUCUGGCCAAAAAACCAGACGCCAUCCAACUAGAGCCGAAGGUGUGGAACUUGGGGUCAGCUUGGUGUAUCCCAGCCUUACAGCCCCCAAUAUAUGUCCAGCGAAAUUUAACAACUAAGUGUGACAUUUUAAACUAAAUCUGACCAUAACGAAGUUUGUAUGGUGUUCAUUCCAGAGGCUCGCAAUAGCGCAAACUUUCAUUGGCUGUUAAAUACCUUUAAACUGGCACUGGUCCAAGAUGAUUUUGUAAUAGACAGGUGUGCUCUGGGGCUUCACCUUCUUUGACAUGGAAAUCUUUUCAGGUUUAUUUCUUCACUCAGUCCGUCAAGGUCAGACAGUAAAAUGUGAACACACUGCUUUAUAGUAGAAAAUAGUUAUAACUGAAAUUCUGAUUUCUGAAAUUGAAGAACUGACCCUUGUUUUUCACUGUUUAAUACUUAAAGGUGCAAUUUGUAAUAUUGGCUGCAAGGGGAUAAAAUUAGGGUAUUGCAGACCAAAUGCAAAAUAUUGGAAACUCUGCAGGAAAGUUGAUCUCUAGGGCCAGAGUUGUUCAGCCCUGCUCUAAGCUUAUGCGGGUUGCCAGACUGUGGACAAGCAACAUAAGCCCAAGUUUCCAAACUAAUCUUAUUUAUUCAUGUUUUAGUACACCUCAGGUCAUAAAGCUUUUUAAAUGGAUGCAAGACUUUUUAGGUCAAGCAGAAUCUGCAGUCUCUGAUCCAGUCCAGUCAAAAAAUUAUCACGAUAAAAUUUCUCAUAUCAGUCGAUAUCGAUAAUUAUCACGAUAAAUGUAAAAUCUUUAUUUCUUUCAGGUUUAAAGGUAGAUUUUUGUAAAAUAUGUAGAAACCAGAGUUAAUUGUGGUUUUAAAAUAUACUUUAUUCAGGAGUUCACACUUGCAUAGAAUCAGAUAUAGUAUAAAAUAUGCACAUUUUGGCGUCCUAUCCGAGAAGAGCGCUGCGAGAUCAGAAUUUGGCCUGAACUCAAAGCACUCCCUCCCUUAUCCCUGACUGGGAUAGAAGUAAUCGAGAGUGAGGAGUUGGGGUGGAGGAAGGAUGCUGGAAAAACUGUUGUGGAACAAAGGUAAGUUGGCUCUAUAUAAAAGCGUCCUCUCACGCUGAUUGGGUAGAUUAUCUGAACGCACUCCUCCCGAACAUUAAUAAAACAUUUGUCAGAACAUGACAAAAACUUGUUUAUAAAAACAUUUAUAAUGAUAAAAUAUUUUCUACAUCAAAAUAUGCAUGAGUUAACAUGAGAAAAAUCCUUUUCAGUCUUUUUCCUUAAAAGAAAUAUCUUAAAUUAAAAAAAUUAAUUUCUUAGUUUCUGCAUGUUCUAACAGGUGAUAGUUUGUGUUGCCUGACUUUGACUGCAAUAUUAUUAAUAUUAUGGGUUUUGUCUUAGUAAUGCACAUUUGGCAGUAGCUUGAGUUGACAGUAGCAGUAGCUUGAGUUGGGAUGCAGAGGUAUAUUUAUGUUCAUUACGGGAAAAUUUAAAUACUGUGACUGUUUGAGUUAGGGCUCUACUUUUAUUCAAAUUAACCACUGGUCAUCCAUAGUAUCAUAUAUUUAGGUCAUAACCAUAUAGCACCUCACUACCAUGGUAAAAUUUAACUAUGGUUUUUAUGGUAUUUAUGAAAAACAGUAGCCCAAAUACAUUAUUUAGUAUAAAAUACAAAUGCUAGCUUAACAAAAACUACUGUAAUUAUAUUCCAUUAAUACAUGUCUACAUUAAUAAUAUUAAAAAAAAAAAAUUAUAUGAAUACCACAUUUCUGCCAUAAUACCAUGGUGCAGUUCAGGGGUGGACUAGCCAUCUGGAGCACCGGGAGUUUUCCCAGUGGGCCGCUGUACAAUGUAGGCGGCCAGUUAGUGUUACUACAGUAAAUCCAUGGUAAAUGAUGGUGAUUUGUAGAUUGAAAAGCCUUCAAACUAGAUUGUUCACGGCACAAUGUUUCUCAUGUUUGUCAGUGCUGUUGAGAAUGUCAGUGCUGUUUAUCUGGUUUAAACUAGUUUAAAAAUCACAGAGACAUUCAAAUUUUUCACUGAAUUCAAGCGCUUUUUACUGGAUCUCACCACUGUUUAGUGGUCGCUUGAUCAAGACGAUCAGCGAGUAAACAUCUGCUCUAGUAAGCUCAAGCUGCUGUUUGAGCAGAGCAAAUAAAUGGUCCGUGUGGCACGGUUCAAACGAGUAGUGCAGUUUCUUUCCACUUUAAGUGCAUAAACAUUAUAUCAAACAUUUUACAAACUUUUGUUAUUGUAUCGAAAAAUUAUAUUGUGAUAAUUAUCGUUAUUGCUUCAUCACCCAGCCCUAACUGUUAUUUUUGUUGUCGAGUUUGUCAUGUUAGAAGCGUGCAGCACAUUGCAUAUUAUUUACAUAUUCAUCUAAACACCUACUCCCAGCGGCAUGGGUGGCAUUGGAAUAUUUGACAACCGUAUAUUCAGGUCGAUAGAACUUCUGUUAACCCCAAAGUAGGCUUGCUACGGCAGUCGGUGUCAAAAACAUUCCUCGUCGUGGAGAGCGCAGUUCAUGGUUGCAUAGCAAUGACAGAUGCCACGGGAGCACAAGCGCUUUGAAAAAAAGGAAAAGCGUGUGGUUUUUUGACGAGAUAUGUGAAAGGCCCCAUAAGCGGUUAAAAAACAAACAAACAAAAAAACA